GAAUAUCCGGCCAGGGUUGAACGUUCGUCACCAGAGGUUAAGAUGGCUUCAGACGCAGCGGAAAAGCAGCAACGGGUUUUGCCCCUGUUCGAAUACUGCGCAUUACCAACUAAAACCAAGUUCGGUUUGCGAGUCGAAAGGGAUCCCAAGCUCCGAGGCCUUGGCAUCUUAGGAAGGGGUCAACUCUUCUCAACUUUCCAUCACGAUCACCUCGUUGAAGCCAAUAAACUCAUCGAAGUCUUGUUGGGUGCCGAAACCUUCGAUGAAUUCGUCGAUUUGUGCCACCAGGCUCGAGACUUCGUGAAUGAAGCACUUUACGUGUACGCCGUGUCUGUAGCUAUCUUGCAUCGUGGGGAUUGCCGAGGUGUCUCCCUGCCUCCAAUUCAAGAAGUCUUCCCUGACAAGUUCUUCCCUGUGGAAACCAUCUACAAGGCCUUCAAGGUUGCGAACACCCACCCUGACAAAGAGGAUGAGAUUAUUGUGGAUGUGGAAGCUACUGGUAACAUCUUGGAUCCCGAGUAUAACUUGGCCUACUACAGAGAGGACAUUGGAAUUAAUGCUCAUCAUUGGCAUUGGCAUUUGGUAUAUCCUAGUACCUGGAAUGCAGCAGUAACAGGAAAGCAUAAAGAUAGAAAGGGAGAAAUUUUCUACUACAUGCAUCAACAAAUGUGUGCUAGAUAUGACUGUGAAAGACUGUCAAAUGGAUUGCCUAGAAUGAUUCCCUUUCAUAAUUUCCAUGAAAAAUUGGAGGGAUAUUCUGCACAUUUGAGCUCAGUCAUCAAUGGAUUGCCAUAUGCUUCAAGACCAGCUGGCAUGCAGUUGCAUGAUAUUCAUGGUAUUGGUGUUCAGGAUCUGGAAAGAUGGAGGGAAAGAAUCUUGGAUGCCAUCAACUUGGGCUCCGUUACUGAUGCUGAUGGUCGAGAAACUAUUCUGGAUGAAACACAUGGUAUUGACAUUUUGGGUGACAUUAUUGAAUCCAGUCAUGAAUCUAAGAAUCCUGAAUAUUAUGGCAGUCUGCAUAACUGGGGACAUGUUCUCAUGGCUAAUGUUCUUGAUCCUGAUGGCAGAUACCAGAAUAACCCAGGUGUUAUGGAUGAUUCAGCAACUGCUCUGCGAGAUCCUAUUUUCUACAGAUGGCAUCGAUUUAUUGAUGAUAUGUUCAAUGAAUACAAGAAAAAACUUCCAUCGUAUACCAGUGAUGAUCUUGGAUUUACUGGAGUGGAGAUAGACGGUGUGACAGUUCAUGCUCACAAAGAUAACUUGGUAACAACAACCUUUGAAGAAGACACCCUAGAUUUGUCAAAUGCUCUGAACUUUGGCAGAAAAGGAGCUGUAAAAAUUCGUUAUCACCACCUUGACCACGAACCAUUUUCCUAUGAAAUCAAAGUGCAAAAUAAUACUACUAAAAUUAACCAUGGAACCAUCAGAAUCUUCCUUGCUCCUAUCCAUGAUGAAUUAGGAAAUGUCAUCAAAAUUGAUGAAUUGAGACGCCUUAUGAUUGAAUUGGACAGGUUCCAUGCAACCCUAAAGCCCGGAUUAAAUGUUAUCACUCGAUCAUCUCGGGAAUCAAGUGUGACUAUUUCAAAGGAGCGAAAAUUCUCACAAUUACUUAAAGGAGAAGGCACCACUGAGCACUCUUCUGAGUAUUGCAGCUGUGGAUGGCCAGAUCACCUUCUCAUUCCCAAAGGAAAUGACAAAGGAAUGGAAUUCCAUCUUUUCGUCAUGGUUACAGAUCAUUUGAAGGACUUGGUUGGUCAGCUUACAGAUAAGAAUGUGUGUGCCGAUGCAGUAAGCUACUGUGGUGUGAAGGAUGAUCUUUAUCCUGAUCGUAAGGCAAUGGGCUAUCCAUUUGACAGGACCAUUCAUGCAGAUUCUGUGCAGGACUGGCUCUUGUCCAAUAUGUCAGUCACCAAAGUGAAGAUUCUCCACGCCUCUGGACACUAAAGUUCUAUCCAGUUUGAUUUAAUAAAAUCAAUUCAUAGUAAAAACCAUUUCUGAAAAUCAAGUGAAAUUUAAAUGAGAGAAAAAAUUAGAUUUCCAAAUUGCAAAAUUGCUUAUACUACUUCAAUAAAAUAGUCUGCAAAAUA